AUGCAGUACAGCAAAUCUUUGAAAAUGCUGUCCCAUUCCGCUCUACUCUUCCUCACCAUCUUCCUAUACUCCACCCCCUCAACAGCCUUAAGCUACUCCAUGAUCUCCACCAAAGACAAAAUCGACGACCCCAAAGGCCGCACUCCAAAAACCUACGUUCAAACCCGUCCGGUAGGAUGUACCUCAAUGACCGAAAGUCCAAUAAUCCGCACAGACGCAGACGCAAACACCCGACCUGCAGACCAAGGUAGUUGGGCCGGUAUAUCCAUCCACCAAGAUCAAUGGUCUCAAGAAUCAAAAUGGAUGGGUUUCUGGGCUAGACGAGAGUGUAACCGUAACCUUCCUUCGCUAAUUAUUCAUUGGUACCCUGACGCACCUACGGAUCAGAUUUUUGAUAUUCGUAGGCUGAAGGAGUAUCUACCUAGAUUGACUGAAGGGGAUUAUAGAUACAUGAGCUGGGGGGAGAUGUCGGUUGUUCCGCAGGCGAUACAGGAUAAUCUAGCCCCGGGGUCUAUUGCUAUACGAGAGAAGAAGCCGAGCAGAGUACUUGGUUCUGAAGAUCAGGCGUGGUAUGGGGUGUUUGAAGAUGUGGUUAUGAUCACGACUAAUCCGUACGAUGAAAUGGAGAAUGACCUUUCUGGGUUCAGUGCACGUGGGGCUGGGCGAAAAGGGAAGCAAUUGCACCUCACUUUUAGGAACGAGCAGUUCACGAGGGCGAAAGACGGUCCUGGGGGCGAGGAUUAUCCAAUUCCUGAGGAUCAGCUGCAGGAUCAGAAUGUGGAAGAAAUACCACAAGAGGAACAGAUUCAAAAUAUGGAGUUUGAACAAAUACAACCGGAAGGACAAAUUCAGAAUGGGGGACAGAUACAACAAGAAGAAGAACAGAUUCCAAUGUCAGAAGCACAGGUUCCGGUAUCUCGCCAACAAUCUGGAGGAAUAAUCAACUCCCCGGUGCCAAUACAAAGGGGCGAAAGUUCCGCAUCUUCGGAACGGCAAUCUUCACUCGGAGGGUUCCCAGAAGCCACCGUCCUACUACGUCUAGGCGCAGAAUCGCCACCAUCUGCCAAUCAAGAAGAAAUCGGCGUGACUAAUACGCAAAUUGCUAUAGAAAACAUUCCGGCAAACUUCCAACAAGGGAACAUGGAAGAAGAAUUACCCCCCAAUGCUCAAAAUCCAGAGCCACAAGCGCAAUUCAGCCCAGGUGUGGGCGAGAUAACGUCAGCCGUGAAUCAGUUACAAGUACAAUUACAAAAUGCGAUGAGCAAUCUAGGAGCACCUGAUUCACUAAAUGUGGAUGCAGUACUUAAUAACCUCGGUACAAAUGCAGAUAGCAUCGCCCAAUCGAUACGUAUACUGGGUCCUGAAAGUGCCUUAACUUCGGUCCUCAACAGGAUCUCCGCCCAACGGUUGCAUUCGGAAAUGAGCUUGCUAACACCCGUUCAAACGAUGGAAUUAGCAGGACAUCAGAUGUCUAACUGGGGCCCGUUUGCUCUUGCUAAUGCCUUGGGAGAGUUGAGGAUCAGACGAGAAAUUAGAUCUGGACUACUUACCCCUGCAGAGGCGGAUGAGAUAAAAGCUAGAGCGGAUGUUGUGAGUAAUACUGAACUAGAACUUGCAGCGAAAGUUAUCCGAGAGGUGGGGGGGAGAGCAAGAUCUACCCAAAACCAGGCCCCAAAUCAAGUGCUAAACCAAGCCCAAAAUUCCGCGAGGGUCCAAUUAGGGCCAGAACUGCUAACUGAGGGUACACCGAGUAACAAUGAUCUACUGGAGAAUAUACCUCCAAUCAACAGUUUGAACAGUUUCGCAGAACUGUCCGGCCCCGGAAAUCAGGACUUACUCCAAAAUGGUCGCUUACCGGGAGGGAACAUUGAGUUCGAAGAGCCAGUUGUGCCCGCUCAACUCGAACAGAGUAUUCUUCCAGCAGCUCCAGUACAAGGCUCCAUACAAGGGCAAGGUACUCAAGUCGAAGCACCAGCUACAAAUCCACUUGUCCAAUCACUUGUCCAAUCACAAGCCCAAGAAUUCGAUGACACAGAAGACGAUGAAGCAUGGAAAACCAUUGUAGUUCACGGACCUAUCGAGGAAGAAGACGAUACUAUCCGAACGCUGAACCGUGGCGCAGUCAUAAGCAAUAUGCUUAAUCGUGUCGACGAACUUCAAAGAAGGCAUCGGAAUCCUCGAGAUAGCUAUAGUGCUUCGGAGUCUGAAGCAGCGCCUAUUGCUAGUAGCGAAUCACAAAGCGAUUUAGCUUCUGAAUCUUCAUCAUAUGUACCAAAAGGCUGGGAAGUGGAAUCUAGUUCGAGUGGUAUUGAGGAGGGGGAAUCUUCCCCGACUCAAGAGGAUCUAAGUGAGGAACAGUUUAUUGCAAGCGAUGAUGGUUUUAUUGCAACCGAAGAGGAUUCUAGUGAGGAGGGAGACUACACUCCAUCGGCAUCUUCACCAGAAGAGAGAAAUGAUUCUCCGGUUCGGCUUAGGCGUGGACGUAGUCGCGGCCGCCCGAGAACCUAA